GGCCUGGGACCCUGAGAGAUCUCAACCAAUUACAUCAUCUGCAAAACUUUGACAAAAGGGCGUUACACCUCUCCACACUGUUUCCAACCUACUCGUUUCUUGUACUCUUGAAACUGUUAAGCAACACGCUCAGAGAAAGAGAAGUGAGAAGUUAUAUUCAGCACAGAGAACUACAGAAGGGAGAUGUUACGGUCUGUUUUUACAUCCACACAAGAAAAAAACUAACAAUGGAAUUGGAUUACAUUGAAUAUGAAGACUACACUCCCAUCAAUGAAACUGAAAACGUCCUGCAACAAUCAAAGUUCUCCCAGGCCUCCGUGACUCAUGUUCUUGCUGUGGUCAACAUCUUCAUAUCAGUUUUUGGUCUGAUUGGGAACGCUGUAGUGGUAUGGAUCUGUGGGUGUAAAAUGAAAAGAACAGUCAUCACCACCUGGUACAUCAGCCUGGCUCUUUCGGACUUGUUUUUUUGUAUCCUUUUGCCCUUUGAAGUUUUUUACUCUCUGACCUCAAACUGGCCUUUUGGCCAGUUUUUGUGCAAGUUCAUCUCCUCUGCUUUGUUUCUCAACAUGUACAGUAGUGUGUUUCUGUUGGUCUUAAUCAGCGCUGACCGUUGUGUCCUUGUUUUGUUCCCUGUGUGGGCAAACAACCACCGAACGGUGCACAAAGCCUACGGAACAGUCGCCGUGAUGUGGCUUCUCGCUGGACUCCUAACGCUUCCUUCAGCCAUUUUUAGAACCACCGCAGUCCAAGACUCCUACACCAAGUGCCAGUUGAAUUACAGCUCCAAUGUCAGUCAUAAGGCUGUGGUACUGGGUCGGUUCUUCUGUGGAUUUAUUGUUCCUUUCUUGAUUAUUGUGUUCAGCUGCGCGGUGAUCGGUCUGAAGCUGAGAGGCUCAACCAUUCGAUCUAAAAGGCCUUAUAAAAUCAUGGUGGCACUCAUCCUGUCGUUUUUCUUCUGCUGGGUCCCCUACCAUACCUUUUGUCUCAUGGAAAUUAACUUUAUGGAACACAAUAUAGAGAUGCUUCUGGUUGGACUAAAAGUGGGGGCCACCCUGGCAGCAGCUAAUGCCUUAAUCUCCCCCAUUUUCUACGUGUUCGUCGGCAAUGACUUCAAGCAAACUCUGAAGCACUCUGUAAUGUCAAGGUAUGAGGAGGCGAUGGCUGAGGAUAUCCACACGACUGGGUUCAAUCAGUCAAGAUCCAAGUCAAUGGAAAUAAUUGAAACUCACACUAUUUCCUAAAAAUAAAAAAAACUCAUUGCA